AUGUCUGACAAAGCUACACCCCGCCAGAAACGGCCACAGCAGUACCACAGCGAUAUCGACCAAACCAAACGGACCAACGCAGAGGAGAUGGCUGCCUGGGCGGGAGAGAUUCACGACCGGAUCAGGGAGUACCCCGAAUCCAUCAACGAGUACUUGUCUAGCAUGGUGCCAUCGGAUACGCCUGUCCCUGCAUUUCCACGGAUGGGUAGACUGUUCAAGGUGAUCCCGAUUGACACAGUCGAAAAGGACAUGUAUGAGCCAUUGGUGACGGCACUGAGUCGGCUGGUCAGCUCAUUUCCGCCCGACGUGCGGCCUCACUUCCACAACUACGGCCACAAGCCCUUGUAUUUUCCCUAUAAACCAUACGAAUCUGAGCAGCACUCGACCAAGCCGGACGUGAUCGCGACUAUACCGGCCCUGCCCUUCGUGGGACCACAUGACCAGUGGAGACAUGUCGCAUUGGUGUUCGAACUCAAGUCGGGGUCAGGUCAUGACCCGAUGGUGACGCACGAGAAGACACACUGGGAAACGUUGGUGCAGCUUGCGAAGAGCGCGCGCAACAUCUUAUUCUCGCAGGGGAGGCUGUUCGCAUUCGUCGUCGGCAUAUACGGGGACCAGGCUCGAAUCUACCGCUUCGACCGCGCGGGAGCAAUAUGUUCACCCCGAUUCGAAUACAAGGAGCGUCCAGAGAUAUUCCACGAGUUCCUGUGGCGACUGCUCCAUCCCAGGCUAUCCGAGUGCAGGCUCGUCGGAGAAGACCCUACGAUGACGCCAGGUACUAGGGCGGACCUAGAUGAAGUGCACUCUCUGACGAAAGCCCACGAUCCCAAAUGGGCCCACACGGAAAAGACGCAGAAGACGGUGCGGCGGAUCAUCGUGACGGACAAGCAGGAGAACGAGACGACGUAUUUGGCGCACAAGCUGCUCUUCGUGAAUCCGCGGCUGUUCUCACGAGCGACGCUCGUAUGGGAGGCGUACAAAGUCGGCGAAGAGGAGGUGAAUAGGGGCAGGAGGUACGUCGUGAAGGAGUCGUGGCGGCAGUUGGGUCGUUUCCGCGAAAGCGACUUCUAUGAGGCGCUACGAGAUGCCACGGGGGGCGAACCGAUCUUCGGUAUGGCUUCUUUCAUUCAUGCCGAGGAUCUCGGUGAUCACGAUGAGGACGAGCGGAAACGAGAGGUGGAAGCGCGGCGCCUGAGAUCGCAGAGCCGUGCGCCUCCGGGCAUGAAGUUAGUCGGUCACCGGACUAUCGCAGGGGCGCACAACGCACCGGGAAUGGGGCGGCUGAACGAACGGAGCCUUACACGGGUCGUCUUGGAGACGGUCGGUACGCCGCUCGCGAAAUUCAAGCGUACGAAGCAGUUGGCCAUGGCGCUGCGAGACGCCAUAGAGGGACACCGGCGGGCGUACGAGGCCGGAGUAAUCCACCGCGAUAUCAGUGAAGGGAACGUGAUGAUCGCUCCAGAGGGUGCCGCCUUCUCAGGCUUCAUCCAGGACCUCGACUACAGUUUCAACUGGAAAUGGUUCCUAUAUAGGCGCGAAAUGCAAGUGGAUCUCGCCAAGUGGGAGGAGUACUGUGUUCAACACGGUCACGAGCCGCGCAGCCAGAAGGAUGCUAACAACGACUCUAAGGAGCGCACUGGCACGGUCUUCUUUAUGGCCAUCGAAAUUCUGCAGGCUGAGAUCACCCAUGAAGCACGACAUGACCUGGAGUCGUUCUAUUGGCUCCUUGUCUUCAUCGUGCUCCGGCACACUGCUCAUGAUCAUAAAGACAAGGAUGGGGCAUUCGGGACCGUGUUCUGCCACUCUGGUUGGGAAGAAUGUGCCCUUAUCAAGGAAGGUUGGCUACAGAAGCGGAAGCCUCCUUUAACGGUCCCUGGGAACGAACCGUUGACCUCGUUGCUGGAAGAAUUUCGUGUGGCGUGCCGCUCCAACCUCGGCGAUUCAGACUCACAUCGCAUCACGCAUAGUGAAAUCCUCGAUAUCUUCGACAAGGUGCUAGCUGCAGACAAUGUCUGGCCAGACAGUGACGCUGCCCUGCCGUGGAAACUUCACAAGAACGGAGCAUACACGGAAACGAUGCAGAAGUCCCUUGGUCAGUCGGUGCAGCCGGGCUCUGUGGAUCCAAUGACGGGUGCCAAAACCGAAUUUCCCCGCCCGCCGCCUGUCACCCAGCCCCGAGGUGCAUCCAAUCAUCCACAGCCAGAUGAGGACGAUCAGCAAGGCGAAACCGCAGGCGUCUCAGGCGAGGAUGGACCUGGUGGGCUGGACCAACAAGGGGCAGACGCCGCGGCCAUACGCGUAGCUGUCGACGAGCCGGCAGAUGAAGAGAUUGCGUUCUGGCAGGGUAGACCGGCUUCCGUUCAGCCGGCGGUGCAACCCAAGCCCAGUACCUCUCAACCGCGAGCACGGAAGGAGACUCGACCACAGGUCGGCAGCAGGGCAAAGAGCGGUCGUCGUGCCGAGUCGCCGCCAGCGGCGAAGCGUCCAGCAACCCGCAAGAGAGCAGCACCGAGUCACAGCAUUGCCGAGACGUGGCCGGCCAGCCAUGUUGACGCGGAGGGUGCAAGCUCAGGUCAUCGCUACAAUCUCCUCGACCUUGCGCCGAUUGCUGGGCGGCGGACGACCCGUUCGCGUGCGCAGACGACGUCCAAGCAGCGGGACACGGGCUCGAGGGACAGCAGUGUGGGGAAGCGCGGCCGUGCUAAAGAGGAGCCUGAUGGGAUCGAAGAAGACCCAGAAUCGCAGUCGUCGAAACGGCAGAGGACUCUCAGUCAGCCCCGAGGCAGGAAGACGGCGAAGAAGCAGGGAAGGAAACCGUGA